AUGGCCCACGAGAAAAUCGAAAGCUCAAUGGGGGAGCCAGCCUACGGACGUCGAAUCUUCGUCAACGUUAUCGACGACCUAGCUCGCACCGACCCAUCUCGUCUUUGCAUCUCCAUACCACGCUCUUCAAACAUUCAGGACGGAUGGAAGGAUGUAUCUUACAGUCAAUACGCCAAUUCUAUCAAUCGACUCUCUCACUGGAUUAUCGACAAAGCUGGACCCUCACCGGAAGACCAAUUUCCUACUUUUGCCUACCUAGGACCGAAUGAUAUCCGCUACUUGAUUUUCAUCGCUGCCGCUGCUAAGUGCCAUUUCAAAGUGUUGUUUAUCUCCCCUCGCAAUAACAAAGAGAGUCAAUUGUCGCUUUUUGAUGCUACAGACUGCAAAUGGAUUUUUUAUGCUUCGGAGAAUGAAAACAUGGUACAGCCGUGGCUGCAAGAACGAAACAUGAAAUCUGCCGCUGUUGAUCAGGUGGAUACUUUGAUCGCAGAUGAGAAAGUGCCUCAUGUUCCAUACAGCAAAGAUUUUGAAGAGGCUCGUUGGGAUCCAUACAUGGUUCUACACACAAGCGGCAGUACCGGCACUCCAAAACCAAUCAUUUGCAGGCAUGGAAUGAUAGCACUAGCUGAUUACUAUCACUAUCAUGCUACUUGGUGUGGAUACACACAUUUGGGGAAAGCUUACUCUGACCGUGCCGAAAGAAUUCUUCUCACCAUGCCGCUUUUCCAUGCACUAGGAAUUUAUUUCUUCAUCGCCGUGUCAAUCUACUGGAAAGCACCAAUGGUGCUCAGUCAUCCAGAAAAGGCUAUCACACCCGAUACAGUUUUGGAAACUAUCAAAUAUUCCAUGGCUGAUGCAGUCGUUCUAUCCCCCUCAAUCGCCGCAGAUAUGAGCAAUGGCGAAGAAUAUAUUGAGUCCUUGAAAAGGUUGGCAUUUGUGACCACUGGAGGUGGCGCUAUAGAGCCCGAAGCUGGUGAUCGCCUUGUAAAAGCCGGUGUGGAGUUGCAAAUGGUGGUUUCAUCAACAGAAUACGGUUUCUACCCAAUCUAUUGGCAGCCCCGUAAAGAACUAUGGCGAUACUUCGUAUUUAACAACGAUCUCUUCGGUUGUGAUUAUCAACAGAGAGGUGAAAACGUCUAUGAGCAGAUCGUCGUGAGAAACCAACAAGAAUCUAUGCUUCAAGGGCCAUUCUACACAUUUCCUGGUUCCAGCACAUUCGAGACCAAAGAUCUUUACCAACCUCAUCCUACUUUGGCCCAUAACUGGCUACAUUCAGGGCGUAUUGACGAUGUUAUUGUCUUUUCGAAUGGUGAGAAGCUGAACCCAGUCUCUAUAGAGUCAAUAGUCGGAACCCACCCCGAAAUCCAUAGGGCUGUCGUCAUCGGACAGGGUAGGUUUCAAGCAGGGAUAAUCAUGGAACCAAUUCAAUACCCGAUAGACGAAAAAGAACGUCGAGAACUUCUAGAUCGAGUAUGGCCACUCGUACAAAGUGCCAACGCCCAAACUGUUGCACAUGGUCGAAUUGCACGCCAUAUGAUUACUAUAUCAGAUCCUAAUAAGCCAUUCCCUUAUUCUUCGAAAGGCUCCCUUCAACGAGGUUCUAUGCUGAAGCUAUAUAACGACACAAUUGAGUCACUUUAUAGUGAUGACGGUAUUUAUGAGGUACCAGCUUUGGAUAUCACGUCACCGGCGGCUUUGAUGCAGUCUAUCAUGGGCGUCUUCCAAACUUCUCUUGGCUUGUCAAACCUUGAGCCAGACGCGGAUUUUUUCCAGCAAGGAUUGGAUUCAUUGCAGGCUAUCAAUGUCUCAAAAUUUUUGGAUGCCGGGCUUGAAAAAUCGGGGUCUAGCCAAAAAUUGAAGAUAGCCCCCCGUAUUUUGUACCAAAGCCCGACCGCGAGGUUGCUCUCUGAGUACAUUUACUCACGCCAUCUAGGCAAUGAAGAUUCAAAAGAAUUGGCCGACAACAAAAUCCAGCUUAUGGAGACUAUGCUGGAGAAACAAAUACAAGAUCUCCCAAAGGCCCCAGUCAAUGACCGGCCGGCACCGCUGGAUCAAGGACAGACAAUUAUUCUCACUGGGUCUACAGGAAGCUUGGGAUCAUACCUUUUAGAUCAAAUGGAGUCUUCCAAUACCAUUAGGAGGAUUGUUUGCCUCAACCGUUCUGCAGAUGGCGGAAGAACGACGCAGCCAGCAGCGAACAAACCCCGAGGACUUUGCACCAGUUUUUCCAAGGUAGAGUUUUACCAUGCGGAUCUAUCGAAAAAGAACUUGGGGCUUGAAGAUGAUGUAUAUGGCCAGCUUCUGGAUUCAGCGGAUUAUUUCGUUCACUGCGCUUGGCCUGUCAACUUCAACCAUUCCGUUCAGACAUUUGAGCCGCACAUUCGAGGCGUGAAAAACCUACUGAAUUUCGCCAGCCAAACUAAGAAGCGUCUACCUAUCGUAUUUUUGUCCUCUAUUGGUUCCGUUGAUCUCUGGGAUGAGUCCGGCCCUAUUCCGGAGUCGCAUCUACCGGACUUGGGCCUUUCCUCAAACGGAUAUGGACAGUCAAAAAUGCUUAGUAGCGCAAUUCUGGUUUACGGUAUGGAGCAGCUGAACAUUCCCUCCAAAAUUCUCCGCGUCGGACAAGUUUCCGGUCCUCGGAGCGAGCUUGGCGCAUGGAACAGGUCUGAAUGGCUACCCAGCAUAAUUGCUUCGUCAUUGUAUCUCGGUUUACUACCCAGGGAGAUUGGCUGGCAAGAUGUCGUUCAGUGGAUGCCUGUGGAGGAUGUUGCAUCAGUUAUCCUCGAGAUCGCUGGGAUAAAGUCUCAACUCCCAGACAUGACUGGCUAUUUCAAUCUGCUCAAUCCGUCACAAGCCCGUUGGGGAGAUUUGGCAACAGCUGUGCAGGAGUUUUACUCUCAAAAGGGGUAUUCUCUCAAAAUCGUAAGUCUCUCAACGUGGGUUAAAGCGGUAGAGGCAAGUGCAGCAAGUGGGAACAGUCACCCAGCCACCAAGUUACUUGAAACAUUCCAAUCCAUGUUGAGCGAGGCCGGAUCAGCUAGGCCAGAGUGGUCUUUAGAUAGAGCAAAAACUGCCAGUACUACGUUGAAAAAUAUGGGGCCUAUCACGCCCGAGAUGAUGCAGAGAUGGUGUCGACAGUGGAAUUUUGAGGAGAAUUUGCCGCGGGAUGGAUCUUCAGUAUAG